AUGGAGUUGGUCAAUUUGGAACUUAAUGAUUGUAGGUAUACAUGGUUUAGGGGACAGUCGUGCAGUCGUAUUGAUAGGAGCUUGGUUUCUUUAGGGUGGCUUGAUAUGUACCCGGAGAUGCGUCUAAGAAGUGGGCCUAGAGAUUUAUCGGAUCACUACCCUUUGAUCAUGGAAGACUUCAGAAGAUUUGAUGGUCCAAGACCGUUCCGUAGCCUGGACUCGUGGUUCACGCAUGAAGGGCAGCAUUUUGGGAAUAUGAUUGAGAGGAUAAAGAGGUUUGAGGAAGAAAUACUUAAGGUGGAUGAUAUGGUUAGUAGUGGACAGUACGAUGAUACAAUAGAGGCAAAGAGAAGGGCUUCAGUGAGAUGCUGUGAGAAGUGGUAUAUAAGGCAGGAUAUACACUGGAAGCAAAUGUCAAGAUCUAGAUAUGCCACAGAGAUGGAUAGAAACACAAGGUACUUCCAUAAUAUUGCUUCAGCGAGGAGAAGGAAUAAUCGGAUUGAGGCUUUGGUGAUUAAUGGGAGGCUAGUGAGGAAUCAAGCAAGAAUCAAGAUUGCGAUCCGGGAAUUUUAUAAACGUCUGUACCACCAGGAAGCGUCCCCAAGGGUGACUUCUAGGGAUGGAUUGGUUAACCGCCUAGAGAGGGAGGAAGCGGAAACCUUAAAGGCGCUACCAUCAGUAGAGAAAGUAAAAGAGACAGUAUGA